UGGAAAGGGUUAGAGAUUUUUGAUGAUUUUAAUAAUCUCACACGCUAAGAAAAUCAACUGCUUACUCGUACACACAAACACACCUACCAGAAAACCAUCAAUACAAGCCAAGGUAACCCAAAAGCCAAAAACGGAGAGUUGUUCAAAAAAAGCCCGUAUUUCUUCAGCAAUGGCUCAGGUCUCAAUCUCCUUAAAUAAUUUCCCCGACAACUGCGAAGAAGUCGACGUUAUGGAACACCAAAACGCUGUCGUACAAGACCUCGACUCUUCUUCUCCUUACUGGCCUCACGAUUUCCAUAACUUCGACGGCCCAGAUCUCUUCGAUUCCUCUCGCCGCCGCCAAAUCUCUUCGGCUUCUCGGCAGAGAACCAAUUUUGCCGUAAACGACGACGUUUCAGAACCUGAUUCCGUGGAUCUUUUGGACCGCGAGAACCAAGUUAACUUUGUUAUGGACAUGUUCCAGCAACGCGUUGAACAAUCUCAAUCUUCGACACGUGUCGUUUUGGGCCCUGAUUUGCUCCGUGCCGAGCCCGAAUUCGGUGUGGUUGAAGAGAAUGAGUUUGUGGGCUUGAGUAGCUUAGACCUAGAUUUUGGGCUAGGGUUAGGUAACGAUAGUUCUGGGUUUCAUGUUGAAGAUUGUGAUGUCCCAGAGCAGUUUGUUAGUGGGUUGAGGAUUGUGGAUAUUGAAUCUGACUCGGAUCCUGAUGAGAACUGCGUUGUAGGCAGAUUAUUCAAUGUGAAUGAAGCUGAUGGCGAUGACGAAGAGGAGAAUAUUCGUGGUAAUGAGAGUGAUGAUGACCCGAGCGUUAGGCUGUGUUGGGAUUCAUUCCAAUUGGAGGAUCAUAGGGAUGUGAAUAAUGAAGACUUUGAGUGGGAAGAAAUUGAUGGAAGAGUUGAUGAAAGAGAGAUUCUAAGCAUGUUUUUAGACGAUGACGAGGAAAUAACUGAAUCUGCUGUUGCUCGAGAGGAGGAAAGAGCUACGGAGUUGGAAAAUUUGGAGUGGGAGUUUCUGUUGAAUGUUCACAAUUUGGAGCCUGACCCGGAAAUUGGAAAUGGAGGGUUUGAUUUUGGUCGUCAUAUUGAUCAAGACGAUUACAAUUACACUGCUGAGUAUGAGCUGUUGUUUGGACAGUUUGCAGAGGGGGAGAAUGGUUUAGUUGGUGGAAGACCACCAGCUUCGAAGACGGUUGUUAGAGACCUUCCAACUGUGGAUGUGAGUAAAGAGGAUUUAGAAAAGAACGAUGCUACUUGUGCUAUCUGCAAGGAUGAGAUGAAUUUGGGAGAAAAGGCUAGACAGUUACCAUGUGCUCAUAGGUAUCAUGGUGACUGUAUAUUGCCUUGGCUUGGGAUUAGGAACACCUGUCCAGUUUGUCGACACGAGUUGCCCACUGAUGAUCCUGACUAUGAGCGGAGGAAAACAUUCCAGACACAGACACAGAGCAUUGAUCAACUUGAACUUUGGAACAGGAGCGUUGAGCAACUUGAAUGGAGGUCUCUUCUUGCCAUGUGAAGUUGGCUCGUUCUUGGAUAUGGCUUCUGAUAGAGUAUUUUAGUUAAGCAUGCAAAAUUAAGAGACACACUUUUGUCGCUUUGAAGUGUCUAUUUGGUCACUUGUUUACUUGGAGUGUCUACUGACAAAUCAUGCCAAGUUUGAGGGGCUAUCUAGCAGGAGACGGUAGGUUUAGUUCAUCAUGUACAGUUUCAGUUGCUUCACAACUUGGCAGGGUAAAAAGGAGAUUUCUCACUGGGCCUGUUGAGUAUUUGCAAUCAGCGUGCACCUUCCCCCAAUGCCAUCAGGCAGUGAAUGACUGAAGAGCACUGGUAGAGUGAGUGUAUAGCCAACAAGGGUGAUGGGCAAGUUGGUCAAGGCUGGAGGGAGCUUUAUGGAAAUUUGUUUGGAUUACUAAACCUUUGUUCUGGAGCCAUUGGAAACCUUAAUCCCUUCUGUUUGUUUAUAUUCUUAUGAGAGUGAAUUUAUUAAGUUACAGAUCAUGGGGAAAGUUUAAAUGGUGCUUGGUAGCUGUAGGCUAAAAUCUGGAGAAGUGCAGAGUUUGUCUCGUCUAGAUGUAUUAUAGGGCAUACUGCAAACACAAGUUAUAGUCUUGCCAACUUGUACAUUAUUGUUCUUGAAUUUCUAGUUUGAUGCUGAAAAUUAGUGAUGUUGCA